ACGCGCAAAGGGUGAAUUUUCAGAGAGGCGAUCCAAAAUCGGUCGAAAUGCAUCGAAUGGCACGAGACACGCCGGCAAAUAGCCGGUUAUUUGUGCUCUGUGCAAAAGGCGUCACUGAACCCAUGCUCAGAAAAGCAUUCGAAAAAUAUGGAACCAUUGAAGACAUUUGGGUUGUGAAAGAUCGUCAAAGUAAUAAAGAAAAAGGUGUAGCAUACAUCAAGUUUUCCAAGGCCUCAGAGGCAGCUCUGGCCAUGGAGGAACUGAACGGAAGAACACUGCCAGAUGACCCAAAACCUCUCAAGGUUAUGAUAGCCAGUAAACGAGAGCAUGGGUCUACAAGGGAGACAAAUGAAGAAGAGAAAGGUCUGAGGAUCUUCAUCAUGGUGCCCACUGAGUACACGGAGAGUGAUAUUAGGGAGAUUUUUGGUAAAUGGGGCGACAUAGAGUAUGUGAGAAUUGUCAGGCACCAGGACACCCAGCGGAGUAAAGGUCUGGCCUAUGUUAAGUACUAUAAAGCCUAUCACUGUGCACUGGCCUUGGAAAACUGUGAAUCCAGAUUUAAAGCAGUCUUUGCUGAGCCAAAGUCCAGUCGAGAUGACCGGGCCAGACGUGACAGCAGGGGGUCCAGAUCCUACGACAGGGAUUUGUACAGUGAAGGGUUUAGCGACAUGGGGAGGGAGAGCCGCGGGGGUGGGGGUGGGGGUGGUUUUGGGGGAAUCGGACGAGACUCCAGAUAUGGCGGCCCUGACAGAGACUUUGAUGGUAGAUUUGCACAAAGAGAUGAUGGUUAUGACGGUGGAAGGAGAUUUCCAGAACCAUCUAUGACAAGCAGAGGUCCAUUAGAAAGUAUCCAGAGCAGCUACAGCCCAGCAGGUGGCGUUAGACUCCAGAUUAUUGCCUCAAUGCAGGUCACGGCGCAACAGAUGCACGCUCUAUGUAACAUGGUGCCGCAGUUAGAAUACUGCGAUUUUAACCAGGGAACAGGGACUGCCUACGUAAAAUACGCCUCCCCUCAAUGUGCGGCGUGGGCUCUGGACCACCUGAGUAACCUGGAGUACCCCCCAGGCUGCCCGCUAACCGUGAGGAUGACUGAUGGUCAGCCCAGUGAAUCUACAGGUGCUCUGGCCAGUGUGAGCCCUACAGGAGUGACCCCUGCUGGCAGUAAUAAAAAGAUGGAUCACGCUGGGAUGAUUAGCUCUGUGAUGCAGGCCACCAACCUGUUGAGGCAAGCAGGGAUGGUGGUUCCACCCAAUCUGUUUGAACAGCUGCAGCCCAAGGUUGAUGAGGAUGGUUCCUACUGCAGUGCCAAACUCCCCGCCAAACAGCCCCUGAUCUUGGAGUCCACUCCAGUGGCCAAAAGACUGUUCAUUGUCAGUCAGCCGGAUCCACUGCCGGACUUCAUCAUCACCGACUUGUUCUCUCGGUUUGGGAACUUGAUUGAUGCUUACAUGAUGAGGGGACGUACUUGUGGAUUUGCAAAGUAUGGGAGUGAGGAAAGUGCCAAUGAAGCCAUGCGUGUCCUCCACAAGCAGGAGGUCUGUGGCAUGCUUCUCAAAGUCAUGGAGGCAGAACCCCAGCCUGAAGAGGGUGCUCCUUCAUCCAAGAGACCUCGAACCUAGAGCAGCUGUGUUACAGACUGACUGUAAAUCAGGACUUGAUAACAAGACAAGUACUGAUGAUGGACAGGUGUACAAUACAGUAACAAUAACAGUACUGUUGCAGCAAUGACACAGACAGUGAGACAGAACAUCAACAGCAUUGUGACAAACAUUGUCAAGCACAGAAGUGUCCUGGCUACAAGACAUGAGCAGAUCAAUAACAGAAACGUGACAUGUCAUGGCCGCAGCUAGUGGACAUCCGGGAAGUGACAUGUACUGACUACAUGUAAAUAAAUGUAUGUGUUAACUUGAGACGGUUACAGUGGAUGACACUGGAAAGAUUUUGUGCUACGGGACAUUAUCUUCAACAGCGCUACAGUUUGUUAUACAUGUGACGGGUUCAUUACAUAUACAGCAUAGCUAUACAUGUUAUAGCACAGACCCAGUAUGGGAGGUGAACUAUAGUAAAAGUGACAAUAAACAAAUCUGAUCAUCUACAGUGAUACAAAACCUCACAGCAAUUUGACAGACCUUGGACCUAUAAUAGCCUAUUAAAUUUGUAAGAUUUAUCAUGACUUAUAACUCAAAACAAGAUUGUACAGUAUCAGUGAGCAUAACUUUCACUCUUUCUAAUGACUGAUAGAUUAUUCUUACAAAUAAAAACAGACACAAAGUUACAACUGUCUUCUUACCAGCUAUAUCACAAUCGGAGUGGUAUGCUUUUAAAAUAUGCUCUUUUUUUUUCUUCUGAAAUAUACAUGUUCUGGGGCAAUUUUAUGAAGAGAAAUAUAAAAACUGAUGCUGCAUAUGGUGAAUAUGAAUUAUACUUAAUGUAAAUAAACCAAAAAAUUGACACACUUUCCUGCUUAGAUCACAGAAAGGAGUAAAUAUAUUGAGGAACUAAUAGUAACUAUCUGAUUCUAAAUUGUUUUCAGCAAUCUAGUCCUAUUUUUAAAACAACAAAUCCAAGAAGUGGACUUUUGUAGCUGCAAUUUUGCAAACAAUAUACCAUAUUUGGUGACACUGUCACAAUGAAUAAGCCCAACAUAAUUAUCUUUAAUUUCUAUCGGGAUUUCAAACCAUAAGUGAAACCGCUUCAUUGAAAAAAUAGCAACAUGGGACGUUUCACCCGUCAUUGCGUUAGAUGUGCUUACACAACACAAUGGCCUGCAUGUGACCUAUAUAUG